GGCGGGUGGUCGCCCGGAGACUCCGCACCUCGGAGUGACGUCCUGCUGCAGUGCCGCUGCCUGCGCUGCCCGAGCUCGUCAAUGGAGCUGGAAAACAUCGUUGCCAACACCGUUUUGCUGAAAGCCAGGGAAGGGGGUGGAGGGAAACGAAAAGGCAAAAGCAAAAAGUGGAAGGAAAUCCUGAAAUUCCCUCACAUUAGCCAGUGUGAAGAUCUCCGAAGAACAAUAGAGAGAGAUUACUGCAGCAUAUGUGAAAAGCAGCCCAUUGGAAGGCUUCUGUUUCGGCAGUUCUGUGAAACUCGGCCCGAGCUCGAGUGCUGCAUUAGGUUCCUUGACUCGGUGGCAGAAUAUGAAAUUGCUCCAGAUGAAAAGCUGGGAGAGAAAGGAAAGGAAAUCAUGAUGAAAUACCUCACCCCAGAGUCUCCAGCCUAUGUUCCCGAAGUCAGUCAAGAACUUAUCCAGCAGACAGAGGAGAAACUCGAAAACAGCCCCUGCAAAGAGCUGUUCUCUCCCUGCACAAAAUCUGUCCUUGACCACCUCAGUGGGGAACCAUUCCAAGAGUACCUAAACAGCAUGUACUUCGACAGGUUUCUCCAGUGGAAGUGGUUGGAAAGGCAACCAGUAACAAAAAACACAUUUCGGCAGUACAGGGUACUGGGGAAAGGCGGCUUUGGGGAGGUCUGCGCCUGCCAAGUGCGAGCCACGGGGAAGAUGUACGCCUGCAAGAGAUUAGAGAAGAAGAGGAUAAAGAAGAGGAAAGGCGAAUCCAUGGCACUCAAUGAGAAGCAGAUUUUAGAAAAAGUCAAUAGUCAGUUUGUAGUCAAUUUAGCCUAUGCCUAUGAAACAAAGGAUGCACUGUGUUUAGUUCUGACCAUAAUGAACGGAGGUGACCUGAAGUUUCAUAUCUACAACAUGGGAAACCCAGGCUUCGAGGAGGAAAGAGCUUUGUUUUAUGCAGCAGAGAUUCUCUGUGGCUUGGAAGACCUACACAGAGAAAAUACUGUGUACAGAGAUCUGAAGCCAGAAAAUAUCCUGCUGGAUGAUUAUGGCCAUAUUAGAAUAUCUGAUUUGGGUCUGGCUGUUAAAAUCCCCGAGGGUGAAUCAAUCCGUGGAAGAGUAGGAACAGUAGGGUAUAUGGCUCCAGAGGUGCUGAACAACCAGAGAUACACACUCAGCCCUGACUACUGGGGGCUAGGCUGUCUCAUUUAUGAAAUGAUUGCUGGGCAAUCGCCGUUCCGUGGAAGGAAAGAGAAGGUGAAGAGGGAAGAAGUGGACAGAAGAGUGCUGGAGACAGAGGAGGUGUACUCCCAUAAGUUCUCUGAGGAGGCCAAGUCCAUCUGUAAAAUGCUCCUCACCAAAGACGUGAAGCAGCGGCUGGGAUGUCAAGGGGAAGGUGCAGCAGAAGUGAAGAGACAUCCCUUCUUCAAGAGCAUGAACUUCAAGCGGUUAGAAGCAGGAAUGCUGGAUCCUCCCUUUGUGCCUGAUCCCAGAGCAGUGUACUGCAAAGAUGUGUUAGAUAUUGAGCAGUUCUCCACAGUGAAAGGAGUUAACCUGGACCAAACAGAUGACGAUUUCUAUUCCAAGUUUUCCACAGGAUCAGUGUCUAUUCCAUGGCAAAAUGAGAUGAUAGAAACAGAGUGCUUCAAGGAGCUGAAUGUAUUUGGACCAAAUGGUACUAUUUCACCAGACCUAAACAAAAGCUACCCCCCAGAGCCACCCAAGAAAGGAUUGCUACAGAGAAUAUUUAAGCGACAGCAUCAGAACAAUUCAAAGAGUUCUCCAAAUUCAAAGGCCAGUUUAAAUCAUCACAUAAAUUCAAAUCAUGUAAGUUCAAACUCCACUGGAAGCAGCUAGUUCCAACUCAGUCCUAUGAAACAACAUAUUGCAUCCUUCCACUAUAAUCUCUGGAGCUUCUGUGGAUGAGAGAGCCUCCACCAUUGAGUGAAAAAAAGAAAAUCUGGAUCUCCCAAAAUGGAGAUUUUCUAUCCAUUCCUUCCAGUGGAGCCUCACAUUUUAAGAAGAAAUUUCCACUCAGGUCUGUUUUUGGAGGUGGCACUCAAGACUGUGUGAAUCAAAUUUGUCUCUUUAGAACAUUGCAAUAGAAAUUCAAUGAACAUGACUACUUGCACGUAUUUAAAUAGCAUCAUACUAGAACUGAAUUUUGUCUUUAUUAUUUUUAAAGAAAAGUUUUGUAAAUUUCUCUAUUGUCUCAGUUUACAUUUUGUACAUUUGUAUUUAAAUGAAAGUCAGACUUUGGAGGUGUAUAUUUUCCAAGCAGCAGCUGUAAAGCCAUGUGUUUUAAGACAUUUUUUUAAAAGAAACAAAAUGUGACUCAAGACUUCCAGAGCCUCAAACGAGAAAUCAUUCUUUUUAGCAAUUCUAGAAAAUUCUUCAUAAAUCACUUUAUCAGACGGGGGUUUAUUGACAUGCAUUUUUAUGGAACAGUUUCUUCUUAAUUAUUUUACAUCUGUAUAUUUGGUUUACAGCAACACUGCAUACAUUUCUCCUCUUCAUUAGUUUGUAAUGUCUCGCAUUAAAUGCUAAAAGACAAGAUUUUGAUGCAUUCAAGAAUGCUACUUGCUAUGCUGAAGGUUUGUGAUGUCUUGGGACCAGCACAGCUGAGAUUUGCACUUAUGUUUUUAUUCCAUCAAAGGCUUUUUAGUUAGAAAGGGAGCCCUGUUUUAAGCUCUUUUCCUUCAGUAGUGUUUGUGCUG